AUGUCUAAGAGCAGCAACAGCAGCGGUAGCAGCGCCACCACCGGCGGCAGCGGUGGCUUUGGGACCCCAACUAUGCUUGGCGUGCAGUACUCCUCCGAGGAUGCGCGCAGCAUCUACCAGAAAGUGGGGACAAUCAAUGGCUACACGUUCGAGGUGCCGCCCGUUAACCGGUUCCACAGCAAGAAUGCUGAGUCGAAGUUCGUGCAGCUCACUGGAUCUCUCAACCCGCGCUUUGAGGCCGAGCGCUUCGACAGCCUCCGCGAGCGCUUGCAGCAAGCAGACAAGAAGGGCAAGGACAGUCAUCUGCAGGCCAUUGCAGUCCUAUACGCGGAAUUUCUUGGUAACAGCUUUUUGAAGGCAAAGAAUGUGGACUACGCAGAGAUAGAGCGGUGCUUCUACCCAUCUUAUCUCCCACAGUAUGUCACGGCGCUGCAGGCUGUAGGGCUUAAAAAGCCGCUUUGGUGGCGGCAGGGUCUGUUCGCGUCUCUUGAAGACAUCUCACGGCUGCCGCUUUCCAGAUGCAGUGUCAAAAAGGAGGCUGCGAUGAGUUUUGAAGAAUGGUAUUGUCUUUUCUGGAACUACUACACCCCUUUUAACACCUUGGCGUACCUAAUGAUGGUUACGGCGCAGUCCACACUCCUGAACAAGGAGCUGAUCGAGAGUGUCGCCGACUACAUUGCCCACCGCCACGCGCUUAUCGAGGAUCCAGUGGCGAAAAAGGCACCCAUUUUGUUUAUGGGCUCACGCACUGGGAAGAUGGGAGCGCUGCUAAACAAAACCGGGAAGAUACCUGUGCCGAUCAUUCAUGUUCAUGAGAAACCCAACAUGAACCCGUACCUUCUCGUCAUACCGCCACAAAAACAAGACGAGUUCAAACCGCAUCCCAUCAUAAAGAUGAAGGAUCAAGUUGCGUUAGAAAAGUACGAGCCCGCCAUUGUCUUGAUGUCGGACAUGAUGAUGAACAACGACCCGACGGCCAUGAUUCGGCGCAUAGGUUCGGUGCGAGAGUACAUUUAUUUUGGAACACCAGACAGCUACGUUGAGGGCCACCCGUGGGAGACGUGGGGACAUUUCAAAUACCGUGAGAAGGGGGCUGACCACAUCCCGCCAUUCAUGCGGGAGAACUGGCUGAAGGUCUCUCUUCCACACCUUUCGCGCUGGAUGAUUUAUAAGACAGAUGGUGACAUGCAAAUGGGUAAUGGAGCCGUUACGACAUGGAUGCGGCGCCCGUUGCAGCCAUCUAUGAAGGCGAAAUGGAACUGGCGCUUUGCGCGUCUCAAGCCGUUUUAUUGA